AUGGCUAGGCCCAUUCCACCAUAUAAAAUGCAGCCGCAUACAGUUUUCCAUACGGGUUUAGUUGCAGCAAACCUUGUGUCUUUAGAUGGACUUAUAGUGUUUGCUUCUCAUCCGAAGAAGAAGCUUCGUCGUUGGGCUGCAUGCUACGGCUCCAGAGACCAUGCACCUGCCUUACAUCUCCAAAAUGACAUGAAAUUGAUGGUGAUGAACAAUGGUACUGUUUAUGAGCAAUGCACUCGAGCAUGCUGCUGA